AUGGUUGGUCCUGAGAUACCAGAGAAGAUUCAAAAGAUAAGGAAUGAAAGACUAGGUAGAAAUACCAAAAUUAUUGACGAACAAAUUUCUGAUGACGGAGAUUUCGCUGGCCCAAGUCUUGAUUAUUACAAUAUCAAUGAAGGUGAAAAUAAAGCAGAAGAGGAAUUGGGAAGGAUAAGGCUACAAAAAGCUCAAAUUGAAAACCACAAAACUAAAAAUAUUGAUGGAAAUGGUUCAAAGCAUGAUUCAUGGAUGUCAAUGAAACCUGAAUGGGCCCAGGAAAAUUCAUCAAGCUCGAAAUCAAAACUCACAAAUCAUAGUACUGAAUCAAAGCAACCAUCUGAAUCAAUAAGGCCUUCGUUACUUGAACAACAUAAAGAGAGGAGACGAUUAGAAGGUCUGGAUAAAAAUGAAGGCGUCAAGUACGACUCAAAUGAGAGUUUGAAUACUGAAAUCAGAAAAGAAAUUUUCAGAAAGGCAUCAAAUUUAAAUGAUAGAUUUACAAAAGGUUCAUAA